UACUUUGCUGAGAAUUGUACGUUGAAUCAGGUUAUUGUCAGUGGUAAAAUUAGAAAUACUAUAUUUGAAAAGUUGGGAAGCGAAAUUAGUAACAGUCUAUAGAUCCAAAUCAAAAAACUUCCAAAAUCUACAUUAAAAUUUUGGGGAUUUGGUGGAGAAGAAUCGGGUAGUAUAAUCUCUAAUCGAUACAAUUACAUUGAUUAGCAACUCGGUUAUUAAGUAGUUAAUUUAUACUUCAGAAUGCAUAAAAUUAUGUGUGAUUUUCACCAAGCAUUCGCAAUCAUAUUGUUAUGCUUCAGUGUGUUAACGGCAGCACAAAGUAAUGAUAAACCCAAUAUAGUCAUUAUAUUGGCUGAUGAUCUGGGCGUUGAUGAUGUGAGUUUUCGUGGCUCCAAUCAAUUUCUGACGCCCAACAUCGAUGCUUUGGCUUAUAGUGGUGUUAUAUUGAAAAAUCUCUACACAUCAGCUAUGUGUACGCCUUCGCGAGCAACGCUUUUAACGGGAAGAUAUCCAAUACAUACAGGUAUGCAACACUUCGUCAUACCGAAUUUUGAACCAUGGGGUCUACCGCUAAACGAGACGACAAUGGCGCAGAUCUUCAAACAGCAUGGCUACUAUACGAGCCUUAUUGGGAAAUGGAAUCUGGGUAUGUCACGUAAGGCAUAUACGCCCACAAAACGAGGUUUCGAUCAUCACUUCGGUUACUUGGGUGCCUACAUAGAUUACUAUGAACAAACUUUGGAUUCUACGCCUCAAAAUCUGUCAAUCGGUCACGAUUUCCGUGAAAACUUGGCUGUGUCGCGCGAAUAUAUCGGCACUUAUGUCACAGAUCUAUUCACCGAUGCGGCGACCAAACUGAUAAGCACUCACGAUGCCACCAAACAACCGUUGUUUUUGCUAUUCGCUCAAUUAGCACCACAUGCUGGCGAUGAUGCUACACCGUUACAGGCGCCACCCGAGGAAGUUGCGAAAUUUGCAUACAUUAAAGAUGAGAAGAGGCGAACGUAUGCGGCUAUGGUGUCGAAACUGGAUCAGAGUGUGGGUUCCGUAAUAGAUGCGCUCGCAAAUAAGGGCAUACUCAAUAAUACCAUUGUAGUAUUUUUAUCCGACAACGGUGGACCAACGGCGGGGUUGUUGGCCACUACCGCCUCCAAUUAUCCACUACGCGGUCAAAAGAAUUCGCCCUGGGAGGGUGGCAUACGUUCAUCUGGUGUCAUUUGGUCACCACUGCUCGAAAAUUUAAGCACAGUUUGGAAACAACAACUCUACAUUGGUGAUCUACUACCCACCUUAGCUGCGGCGGCCAACAUACAACUCGACACACAGCAAAUGAAACUUGACGGUUUGAACCUUUGGUCCGCACUCAAAAAUGGCUCCGAGCCGGUGGAGCGUGAGAUUAUGCACAAUAUUGAUGAUAUCUACGAGUACGUCUCAUAUGGUAAAGGUAAAUGGAAAUUUAUCAAUGGCACCACGGAGAGUGCCUAUGAUGGCUGGCUGAGUACGCGCCAAUAUGAGAGCGACGCUGAGGUGGAUCCGCGUGCUAUCAAUUAUGAGGCGUUCAUUAUGAACACCACUGUAUGGCAGCGAUUAUCAGAGAUAAAUGUGAAAACAGCGCUACCGGCUGCGGUCAACAUAUCGAAAUUGCGUCAAGAUGCCGCAAUUAAUUGUCUGCUUACCAAUGCAACAGAGGCCAAGGUUUGUGAACCGCUAAAGGGACCAUGUCUCUUCGAUAUCGAUGUGGAUCCAUGUGAGCAAAACAAUUUAUACGAGACGAUGAGUGAUGACAAAGUGGUUGAAGAGUUGCUUCAACGUGUUGCGCAUUUUCGCGAGACUGCGCAUGCGCCAAAUAAUAAACCGUUAGAUCCGAAAUGCGAUCCGCACUUAUACAAUGGCGAAUGGACGUGGUGGGAAGAUAUACAAGAUGACGUCGACCAUCACGUGGACGUAGACGAUAACGUCAACGCUGGCAAUGACCAAGAUAGUUAUGGUGGAGAUGGUGCAACGAAUUUACGAUUGCGCGGUCUAUUGUUGAUCUUUUCGUUCGGCACUCUGUUUGUUAUUAAUCUUUUCAAAUAUUCCUGCAUGUUUUAAGCAUAAACGAGUAAAUAAUCUGUUGAUUUUUAAUAAAUGUAAACAUAACUAUGAGGAGGUGGGGCCACGCUCCCUUUCCAAAAAAGAAAUCAUCCGAAUAUGCACCUCCCUAGUGUGGUCCCUUGUACCAAAAGUACUAAAGCUAUAUCAAGGAAACUUUCUAGAGUCGUUUCUUUUAGGUA